AUGUCUCGCAGAGAAGACUCUUAUCAUUGGGCCCUUUUGUCUGGGCCGAACAACCAUCUCAAAUCAGAUCUGCAGCUUACCAUGUACCAUGUCAAGGACAAACUGGUAAUAAAGGGUGAGCCAAAGGCCGCCAGCUCAGUAUGGGAAUACUCGGUCGAGUCGGACCGGUCUUCAUUGCUAUUAGCUCAUAUAGUGGUGGGAAAGAUCCGUGACAUACAUCGACUUGAAGAUAUUUUGCGAUCUGUUCCUGUGCGUAGCAGCAAAGAAGGCUGGAACUCCAUUUCCUGGGUUCAAGAGGCUUUUCGUCUCGUCUCUGUUGCGCCGGGUGUUCUCGGUUCUCAUAUAGAGGACUGGGAAGAAAUUCGACGAACAGCCAUGUCUUAUGUCGACGAGAAAAAGGCUAAACAUCGGUUCGACGGCUUAGGUAGAUUCGACCUUUCCAAGCCAGCCACGUGGGACAUGCUCCAGGGCAAAGAGGUGGCUGUCUAA